AUGCCUAUACGUAUCACUACCCACAAGUCGUCGCGGCCUCCCAAGCAUUUGGAAUGCUACAACUGCAAGGUAACCAAGACCCCUCUUUGGCGUCGUACUCCGGAUCGUGUCCACACUCUUUGCAACGCUUGCGGUUUGUAUUACAAGCAAUACAACCAGCAUCGUCCUUUGCAUGUCCGUCACAAGAACCAUUUGGCUCGUCAUCCUUACGCGAGUGAACGUAUCCUGUGUGUGAAUUGCGAACAGACCCAGACUCCGUUGUGGCGCAAGAAUGACCGUGGUGAACCUGUUUGCAACGCUUGCGGUUUGUAUGCCAAAUUGCAUCAGCGCGAUCGACCCGUGGAAAUGCGCAAGACGACGAUCCAACGCCGUCGAAGAGAUUACUGGCUUGACGGUGAUGAUUCGGAAAUGAUCGUAGGCUCGCCUUCGGCUCCAGCCAUGAUUUCGACUUUUGCUGUCCAACCUUCCGGUUAUUCGUCGGUGAUUUCGCCGCCUUUGUCGGCCUCCUCGACCAUGCCUUCGUCUCCUGUGCAAGAAGCAGAAAGCGAUCCUUCAGCCUCGUCGUCGUCAUCACCGUCCUCCCCGGCUUUGGAGGACACCAAGUUCGCUUCCCUUUUGAUGCAAAUGAACAAGGAUCAAAUGCGAGGUUUCCUCAAUAUGUUGGAGCGUCGAUGUGACUUUCUCCGCACAGUUCUAGAUUUUGUUCCCGAAAAUUCAUCUUUCUCUCAAUUGUAAUGAUUUUUUUUUAGUCCCCUUUUUUUUAUAUUCAUUUUUUAUCAGUUCCAAGAAAAUAAAGAAAAAUUUUAGAAAGG